ACGCGCUGCCCGCCUUCCCAAAACCAGAGCGCACUCGUCUCCUCAUUGCCUCCUUCUUGCCGCCGCAUAACAUGAUCCCCAUCUUUCUGAGCGGACGCAUAACGCGACAGAUGGUUUCACUACGCUUUCCCCUUCUGUUCUGACCGAAACUGCUGUUGUUUAAGAAAAAAAUCUUGUUGCUGGUUUUGGGUUUUUUUUGGAUGCGCCAUGCAAUCUCGUUGGUGGAGUUGUGGCAUUCGGUUGGUGACAUGGACAUGGGUUUGGAGCCUGGCAUUUCUCGGAGCGUGGUGCAUUCCCGCAAACGAAGUGAACCUGCUGGAUUCCCGCUCUGUGAUGGGAGACCUGGGAUGGGUGGCCUACCCUAAGAAUGGGUGGGAGGAGAUUGGGGAAGUAGACGAGAACUAUGCUCCCAUCCACACCUACCAAGUAUGCCGUGUGAUGGAGCAAAACCAGAACAACUGGCUCCACACCAACUGGAUCCUGACUGAGGGUGCCCAGCGGGUAUUUAUUGAGCUCAAGUUCACCCUGAGAGACUGCAACAGCCUGCCAGGGGGUGUCGGGACCUGCAAGGAGACUUUUAAUAUGUAUUACUAUGAAACAGAUGGGGACGAAGAAGAGAUGGAGGAAGGAGAGAUGAGAGAUGGUACUGGGAUGACAGAAGAGGAAGACAGGGCAAUGAAGGAGAGCAGGUACAUCAAAAUUGAUACCAUAGCAGCUGAUGAGAGCUUCACUGAGCUGGACCUUGGGGAUCGUGUGAUGAAGCUUAACACUGAAGUCCGCGAUUUAGGUCCUCUGACCCGGAAAGGCUUCUACUUGGCAUUUCAGGAUUUAGGGGCCUGCAUUGCUUUAGUCUCAGUGAGGGUUUUCUACAAACGCUGCCCAUUCUUGGUGAAGAGCUUGGCUGAGUUCCCUGACACAAUCCCAGGCUCAGAAGCCUCACAGCUGGUAGAGGUAGUGGGCCGCUGUGUCAAUAACUCCCUGCCUUUAUACGAGCCUCCCAGGAUGCAUUGCAGCACAGAGGGAGAGUGGCUGGUGCCCAUUGGGAAGUGUGUUUGCCAGCCGGGAUUUGAGGAAAUCAACGGAUCUUGUCAAGUCUGCAAAGUGGGGUUUUACCGCUCGCUGCUGGAGUCUUUGGCCUGUAGUAAAUGUCCACCUCACAGUGUGGCCAGACAGAUGGGAGCCACUGCUUGCAGCUGUGAAGACGGAUACUUUAAGCUAGACUCUGACCCUUCUAAUAUGGCGUGCACACGCCCUCCAUCUGCUCCUCGUAAUGCUAUUUCUAAUGUCAACGAGACCAGCGUCUUCUUGGAGUGGUCCAUUCCUAUGGAUACAGGUGGCAGGAAGGAUGUGCGCUAUAACGUCAUCUGUAGACAGGUCCUGCCAGACGGAAGGGGCUUGGAAGAGUGCGGUCCCAAUGUACGUUUUCUGCCACGCCGCACUGGCCUGUCGAACACCUCAGUGAUGGUGGCUGACCUGCAGUCACACACCAACUACAGCUUCUUAUUGGAAGCCGUCAACGGAGUGUCAGACCUAGCCAAAGGCCAUGCAAAGCAGUAUGUGUCACUUAAUGUGACAACCAAUCAGGCAGCACCGUCCCCUGUGAGUGUGGUGAGGAAAGGUCAUACAGGGAAGAGCAGCAUUGCCCUUUCUUGGGCAGAGCCUGAUCGUCCCAACGGCAUCAUCCUAGAGUAUGAGAUCAAGUAUUUUGAAAAGGAACAGGACUCCAGUUACACAAUAAUAAAAUCCAAGGAUACUGAAAUGGUGGUGGAAGGCCUGAAGCCCUCUUCAGCUUACAUCUUCCAGGUACGAGCCAGGACCUCAGCAGGCUAUGGUGCAUUUAGCCGGCGCUUUGAAUUCCAGACCAGCCCUUACUUAACUGCUACUAGUGAGCGUGCUCAAGCUUCGAUAGUAGCGGUGGCCAUCACACUGGCUCUGGUCCUGCUGGCAGUGGUUGCUGGAUUCCUGCUCAGUGGGCGGCGCUGUGGCUAUAGCAAAGCAAAGCAAGAUCCCGAAGAGGAAAAGAUGCACUUCCACAAUGGCCACAUAAAAUUUCCAGGGGUGCGUACUUAUAUCGAUCCCCUCACCUAUGAAGAUCCCAACCAGGCAGUGCAUGAAUUUGCCCAGGAGAUUGACGUUUCAUACAUCUCCAUUGAAAGGAUCAUUGGUGCUGGGGAAUUUGGUGAAGUGUGCAGUGGACCGCUGAGGCUGCCCGGGAAACGAGAGAUCCAGGUUGCCAUUAAGACCUUGAAAGCAGGCUACACAGAGCAGCAAAGACGUGACUUUCUUUGGGAGGCGUCAAUCAUGGGCCAGUUUAACCACCCAAACAUCAUCCGUCUGGAGGGUGUGGUUACUAAGAGCAAGCCGGUGAUGAUCAUCACAGAAUACAUGGAGAAUGGCUCAUUGGACACUUUUCUCAAGAAAAAUGAUGGCCAGUUUACUGUAAUCCAGCUGGUUGGUAUGCUGCGUGGGAUUGCAUCUGGCAUGAGAUACCUGUCUGACAUGGGCUAUGUCCACCGUGAUCUAGCGGCUCGUAACAUCCUGGUCAACAGUAACCUUGUGUGUAAAGUGUCUGAUUUUGGUCUAUCCCGAGUCCUGGAAGAUGAUCCGGAGGCUGCAUAUACCACGCGGGGCGGAAAGAUUCCCAUUCGCUGGACGGCUCCAGAAGCAAUUGCAUACAGGAAGUUCACCUCGGCUAGCGAUGUGUGGAGUUAUGGGAUUGUCAUGUGGGAAGUGAUGUCAUACGGAGAGAGGCCCUACUGGGAGAUGUCCAAUCAAGACGUAAUAAAAGCAGUGGAGGAAAGCUAUAGGUUGCCAGGUCCUAUGGACUGUCCUGAGGCCCUGUACCAUCUUAUGAUGGACUGCUGGCAGCGAGAACGCAGCAACCGUCCCAAGUUUGAUGAGAUUGUUUGCCUGCUAGACAAAUUCAUCCGGAACCCCAGCUCUUUAAAAAAGCUUGUCAACUCCUCACACAGAGUUUCCAACCUGUUAGUGGAGCAUGCCAGCGUAGAAGGGAACUGUAGCACUCGAAGCCAGACUGUAGGAGAGUGGCUUGACUCCAUCAAGAUGGGACGUUACACUGAACUGUUUAUGGAAGGAGGUUACUCUUCACUGGAAACAGUGGCUCAGAUGACAUCAGAGGGGUCUAAUAAAUUUGGGAUUUACGAAGAGUAGGCGUGAACUUGGCUGGACACCAGAAAAAAAUUAUUACUAGCAUUCAGGAGAUGAGGGUCCAUAUGAACAGCACCAACUCUACUGUAAACAUAUGAUGUGAAAUACAAACAUACAGACACAUGCACACUCGUACACGCGCACACAAACACAGAAAUACAAUAUAUGGACCUACUAUGUACUGGACCUAGAGUGGCUUAGCACUUUCUGUGGACGAGGAUACCCAGUGUUCUACCGAUCUAAACUGGAGGAUCCACAUGUUGUUGGUUCCUGUGUGUGGAGUUUGCGUUGGUGUCAUUGGGAAUAUUGGAUAUUGCAGCACUAAAACCAAACUGAACUGGACUGAGUGGUGCUACUUGGAGGGAUGAUGAUGGUGAGCUAAAUAUGAACUUAAGUAAUGGUUUUACUUUAAUUAUUCAAUUAUAUGACUCUGGGGAUCCUCUUGGCACUGUUUUGGAUACCUAAAUCACAGACAGCAGAUCUAACUCUGAGAGCAACCAUAAAGUUUUUGGCUGUAUCACAGAUGUGAGUUUAUACACUGGGCUCGAAGGGAACCUUUUCAACCUGUCUCAGGUGAGCUGAGCCCCGUGGAACAAAAAAAGUACUUGCUGAUUCUUUGGCAACUUUCUCCAUCGAGAUUACCGUUCCAUCAGGUUUCACUGAAUUCAUUUCCAUAUAUUGAACCAUUAUCAUUAUUUAAAUUAAUGUCAAUAUUUGCUUUGACAUGCUGAUGUGCUUGUGGUUUUGAUUUUUACCCAUUUCUACCACAUCUUCAUGUGCAAAACUGAAGCUAAAAUCUAUUUUAAUCAUCCAUAUUCAUAUUCACUGUCAUUUACUUAAUUAUCUUCCAAAGCAAUGAACGACAAGAAUAGAUACUUGACCUUUGCUGUUUUAAAAUACUAGAUCUUAAGAAUGGUUCUUACAGAGCCUAAAAAAGAGAAGUGAAAACAAACAAAUAAAGACAUGAAGAUUUACACUUAAAUAUACUCUCUACAGCUGUUCUUCUGGGUGAAUGUAUAGCACUGCUACAAUGUGGCAAUAAAACCAUUCUAGUCCUUAAAACCAGCUUCUGAAUGAGGCCACUGAUUGUAUGUUAUUCAGCUGGCUUUGCUCUAUGUGCAAGACCUUUCACUUACAGUGAAGUUACUACAAAGCAAUGCAUAUUUAAUUGUAAACUGUUCUAUUAGCUGAAAAAUUCACACAUAUUUUAGUGAAAUAUUCACUCAGAUUGCAGGCAAGCAGCACAUGGAACACUGAAAUCGCUUAAAAACCUUCACUUCAAAGUCUAGGAGAAGAUUUUGCUGAGAUUCAAAAGAAGCAUUUGCUUCUGAGUAAAUCUUUCAUCCAGAUUCCAAAUAACCUUAAGGUAGGAUCCACACUGGAACUGGACAUUUUUAAUUUGACAUCCAUUCAUCGAUCGCGCAUUUUCAAAUUAAACUUCACUUCAUGUUUAAAUGUGGUUCCAGUAGAAUACAACUGGAACAAACUGACACUCGUCAAAGGUUCAUUCAAUCCUGAUGGAACAUUUGUUCAUGUAAUAAUGGAACUGCCAUUCAGAUUCUCAUGGAAGGGAUCACAAAGAUUCCAACAAGACUGUUUACUGGUAUUCUAAUGGAACAUUUUCCUCAGAUUUUAAGGGAACUUCUACAAGGAUUUCAAUGCAGCCUUCUCUCAAGCGUGCACUCGGAUCUUCAUCAAGCCUUCACUUAGAACCAACAAACUUCAGGUACCGCAGAAACCCAUCAGCACUCUGUUCAGUUUACCAUGCCACGGAGAAUCUCUCACACGCAUGUCUGCAACACCACAAUAAACCUCACUCUAACACAGUGGUUCUUAACCUUGUUGGAGGUACCGAACCCCACCAUUUUCAUAUGCGCAUUCACUGAACCCCUCUUUAGUGAAAAAUAAAAUGUGAUUUUUUUACUGGUGCACAAAAUGAGCCAUGCAUGUCAUGGCGGAGGCUCUGCCGAACCCCUGAGACCGACUCACCGAACCCCUAGGGUUCGAUCGAACCCAGGUUAAGAACCACUGCUCUAACAGGACUGCUGAAAAUAAGGAGGCAAUAUUCAUCUACUUGAUAAUCGUUUAUUUAUUUCUACUUGUUUGAAAAAAGAGCAAAAGUUAUGUGGACAGUUUGUGUUUUAUAAUAAUACUCUCUCUUGGACUACUGAGCAGCUUUGCCUACAUGUCUUUCAUGUAUAUAAUGUAUUAUAUAUUUAAAGCAGGGAGCAUUGUUCUUCUGUCUGCUAUCAUGUGGACAAGUGGAUAUUGACCAGUCAUCUCAGAGUAGAACACAUUAGUAAAUAGUGACAGAUAUUCUGAAUCGGCAUUCCUGCUACAUAGACCUGGGCCGCUAUCGAGUGGGGGCAACCAGCACAACUGUCCCCAGAUAAGGGUCCCCAGAAGGGUAUGCAAAAGAGCAAAUAUUUAUCUUAUGUUGUUGGUGAUUAUGUUUCAUUUUACAUUUUUUUUGGUGCAAGACCUAGAAAUAUUUUUCAGUGGCCCUAAAUGAGAACAGCAAGAAAAGCUUUGUUGACACUAGAAGUAGAUGAGAAUUAUGAACAGGGACUGAUGAAUUUCUGGUGUAUUGUAUGGUAUAAACAUAUACAAUGAUGUCAAUGAUCAAGCCCUUGCUUUACUUCUCUUUGGUAUGGUAUGUUAUACGUAGAUUGCUACUCAGUGCUUUAUUGCUAAAACUUGACCUUUUUUCACUGCAUUGUUCACCUAAAGAGAAGCUACAUUCUCACACUAUAUCUGUGCUCUCUGCAGAUAACAUGCUUAUAUUUGUAUCAGUUAGUGUACUGCUAGUGUUGGGGUAUACAGAUGGAAAUGCAAUGAGAUUGUAGAAGUAGGGUUUGUUUUUUUUGGGGGGGGGGGGUUCAAGAGGUGUUAUCACCUGAUUGUAUGAAAGGUAUAGAAAAGCACACAAGAAGAAUGUAAAGGUUUUAAAGAGGCAUUUCACUUUUUCAAAGAACAUGCUUUCACUUUGAAACACUCAGACCCCCCACAGAGUUCAAGAUGAGUAAAAGGGAUAAGUCCUUAAUGGUGGUAAGGACCCUCUUAGGUAAUGGCAUUUAAGCUUUUCCACCUGCUGUCAAGAUCAAACUUCUUGACUGCUUCCAUAAAAGAUUGUAAAGUGGGGAAUGGUCACAGGUUAAUAUUCUAUAUUAUUAUGUGUUUCUGAAAGUCAUAGUGUUCUAACAGAGUGAAAGUCUGGUACAAGAUAAAUAUCUGCAUAGCCUCUUUAGUCUAUAUACUUGGCUUGUACAUUGAUAAACUAUGUUGCUAUGUUGCAUAUUAUUGGGGGACUGUAUGCAUUUAGUGAUGUCAAGCAUUUAACAGCAGGCAACAUUUGGCAGUAAAACUGGCAUCCAUGCCUAUGUAGAUUAUUGUGGCUGUGCAGGUAUUUCAUUCAGCAGGGGAAGGCAUCAGUAACAUGGUGCAAAAUAUAAGGCAUGUACUGUACAGCAAAAGCAGUUGUGUUGGGCAGUUUUUAUUUACGACCCAGCGAGUAAUAAGGCUUCCUCAGUCUCACGAAUACUGCUUUUAGUUUGGGUUUCGCAGUGUUUUGACCCUCCCUAGUUGUCAUGUUAUUGGCUUUUUACAACCACCCUUUCAGCUUACUGGAAUUUUCAAACUAAAAUUUAUGCUUGGGGCAUGAACAAUUAGUGAAUACGACACCCUUAUAAGUGCCUCUCAUCUUUUGAGCACCGUUAUUUACUCCCCUGCCAAAAUGCUAUGCCCCAGCUGUUCAACUUCCUAUACAUGUUUGCCAACAACGUCUACAGGCAAUAAGAAGAAUGUCAGAUAAUAUGCUUGUUGGAACUAAUUUAAUUUGCACUUUAUGAGAAUUCUGUUGCCCUUUGUUUGACUAAAAUAUCGAUAGGUGACUGACAUGUUACUGUCAGCAAGUGUAUCCUUAUUAUUUACUAUUUAAUUAUUAAAAUUACUGUGUUCCCUUCACACUCCCAUUGGUCACCAUGGCAUAAUUUUUUUACAGUUAAGCACAAGAAUUAAUCAUAUUUGUAAUACAAAUCAAAGUUAUAUGAGCAUCAUUGAUGUAGAGCACCAUAUUUUCGAGUGUAUGGCACAACAAUACACUUUCAUGAUGUAAACACAGGGUUUGACAGGCAUCUUUUAGAAUAAAGGUGAAUUAUUGGCUUUUUAACAAGAAGUCAACAGAGCACUAAUCCUUGAUGUCAAGGCCUCAGCCAGUCUUGACAGCUUUUUAGCAUCAACACUGUUAAUUCCAAAAGUGUGAGAACAGGUAUUGAUUUCUUGGCAUUGCAAACCAUAGUAAAUAUACAGUCAAGCUAAUUAUAUGCUCUGCUCAGAAUAUCAAAUCAUCAAUUCAAAUACUUUAUUCUCAGCACUUUUUCCAAUAGCAUGACUUUAUCUUUUGCUCACAUUUAGCCAAGAAAAAAAAAAGAAAGCACAACAAACCAGCAAAUACUAAAGAUUUAUGUGGUUUUACUCUUCAGUAACUGUCAGCUGAAACUCCGUCAGCCAUGCAGUGUUUAUGCAGGAGACAAAAUUGUUGCGUCAAAUUACAUAAGACAACUGGUCUUAUGUAACAUCUUUGUUGUUUGAGUUUGAGAAGAGGUAAUCUAAGUUAGUCACACUGGUCCAGGCAGAAAUGUCCAUUAGAAGUUGUUGCACUCAUACAUGAGUUUUUGGGGGGUUUAUUCCAAAAUUACAGCACCGCUUAAAGGUAGAAAAGCCAAAUGGCUGCUCUCUGGGGCUCUGAGUGAUAAACCAGUAGAUACCAGUUUGACUGGAUUCUAUGAAAGACCCAAAAGCAAUAUGUGACCUGACAUUAUUUGCAAAAAUAAUCUUUGCAUACACAAAUGCAUGGGAAUGUAACAACAACAAAAGGUUGCACUAACUGAUUAAGUUUUUUGGGGGGUUUUGUCAGACGUGAACAUACUGAAAAUAGGUUUAGGAGUCCUUGAAAGUGAGUUGAAUUGUAUCAGGGCCCACAGUUCUAGCAUUCUUCCAUUACUACUAUUAAUAUUAAUAUUACUACUAUUUUUGAUUAGUCGUUUCAGCAUUUCUUAUACUUUGGAGCAACUGUGCAAAUAAAGUCAAAGACUUUGUACAACUUAUUUUUGGUUUAAAAGAUGUUUGGAAUAAGCUUGAACUUAUUCCACUUCUUUAGUGGGCAGCUUCAUCUUAGCAACAGCUGAUGAGGUGCAUAGGAUUUGUAUUUUGUGCCAUAUAGAAAACCACACUGAUGGGGGAAAAAUGUCUCCUAAAGACUAAUGUGGGUCAAUAAAAUUACAAUUGUAAUUCGAGACCACAGCAUUUGCCUGUUGAGUAACAUUUUUGAGACAAAGCAAUUCUUCAAAUGCAUAUUUGCAGUGGGACAAACACUGUUUCCAACGGCACUGUCUACUUGCAUUUGUGUUUUUAACUUCUCAGGAAGUGGAAAAUAGGUACAUUUAUUUGAUUAUCACGUAUUUGAUCUUAGAAAUGAUGUGCAGCUUUCACAAAGUGUUAACAUACAAAACAAGUAUGUGAUUAAUCAAUUGUCCCCAGCUCAAAUGUAAUUAUUUUAUCAGUUCACACAUACAGUUUUAAGUGACUGAGUAACAAAUUCAUUGUGAUUUAUUGAAAGCACAGUAAAAAUACUCAGCUACUGAUGUGCUAUUGGUUUGUUUUUGAGACUGUCAUGUAUUAUGUUUGUGUUGAUGUUUUUGUAGUGUGUUAUCAAAUCUAUAUUUUUGCAAUAAAACAUGAGUAACAUCAA